AUGGCAUCUGCAGAUGAUCACCACGCUGGCCGUCGAGCCCGCGAGAUAUAUCGCUAUUUUCGACAAGCCCCCACAGACGAAACACAGGGCAAGGAUGGAUCUCCUGCGCCGGCAAACCAACCCCCGACCUUACAACGCUCACCAUCCGGCUCGACAGUUUCACGAGGCUCAUGCACCCCAUCGCUAUGGGAUCGCAUGCCAGACUCCUUGGCCCUGGGAACCUCAAAUCCCACAUUGAACUCCUUUGCGCAAUUAGCGGCGCUACGGUUGAACGUGGAUCGAGUCUUCAUCAGUGUUUCGGAUCGAGAUUCACAAUUUAUUAUUGCGCAAGCUGCGCAAACGAAGAAGGGGGAUGAGAAAUAUAACUCUCUCAGUGAUGGCAUUUACAAAGGCUGUGCUACCCUCGAUGUCAAUUCUUGGACCCCUUGUCAGGAUACAAUUGCUCUGUCGCAAUCCAAAAGAGAGCAAGGAGAAUACAACUUUAUAAUUUCGAAUGACAUGACUCAAGACACAAAGUAUAAAGAUCUACCAUUUGUGAAGGAGAGCCCCAAUUUCCGGUUCUAUGCAGGCACGCCUCUCACUACAGAAAGCAACAUUAACGUGGGCUGUUUCUUCGCUCUCGAUACAAAACCGCGUUCUGAGUUCUCCGAAUCAGAUCAAGAGAUGAUGGGUACCAUGGGUAUGCUCAUCAUGGACUACCUGAUGGUUAGUCGCCAGGCCUCCGAAGGUCGCCGCGCAGCCAGGUUAUCUCGUGGCCUGAACCUCUUCAUCGACAGCAAGUCAAGCUUCCAGGAUCUAUCUGAAGAGUCGAAUGCCCGCAACUCCCACUCUCCAUGCAAUACACCUCCGUCUUCAAAAACGAGAGAAGACAACCGUCUCGCUGUUAGUGAGAAUCUUCCGUCUCGACGUUCUCGUUCUAGGGACAGCGAUUGCUCCAGCUUAUCAGAGAACCGAGGAAUCCAGUCUCUUUCCUCCAGCUUCGAUUCGAGUUUGAAACCCCGUUUCCCCGGUCUGGGAUCUAGAAAAAGUCGCGAACACGACGAACAAAAAGGGAACGGUUGGACCUUCCAACGGGCUGCGAAUCUGAUCCGCGAAAGCCUCGAGUUAGAAGGUGAUAGUGGGGUCGCAUUUGUCGAGGCAGGCAACGACCCAGAACUCGACAAUGAAACAGGAAGUGAUACUGCGAGUACCAAGGUCCGAAAAGUCGCCCCUAUAUUGAGCAUCUCCACAGGAGAGAACUCAUUUGGUCCUGAGAAUGGCUGUCUUUCGCAGUUCCCUGUGGCCAAGAUAGACGAGGUUUUCAUGCAAGGAUUGCUGCACCGCUAUUCUCAAGGCAAAAUCUGGUCAUUUCAUCGUGAUGGCUUGUUCUCUAGCUCGGAUAGUGAGGAUGCGCCUCGUGAAAGUCGAUCUCGGACACGUGCUCGUUCUCCGCGGUCGAAGAGACCGAGGAAGUGGAAGACCCUGGAGAACACGAUGCUUAACCGCUUGUUCCCUGGAGCUACACAGGUUAUAUUUGCUCCGUUGUGGAAUUCUGCCAAUUCUCGAUGGUUUGGUGGUUGUUUUUGUUGGAACAAUGUCGAGAAUGUCGUUUUCGACCCAGCGGUAGAGCUGAGCUCUGUUCUGGGCUUUGGAUCUUCAAUCAUGGCUGAAUGUAAUCGAGUUGAGGCGCACAUCUCAAAUCGCCAAAAGGAGGAUUUUCUCGGUAGUGUUUCGCAUGAACUACGAAGUCCACUCCAUGGAGUUCUAGCAGCAGCAGAGCUACUCCAGGGCACACAAUUUGAUGAUUUUCAAGGCUCACUGCUUGAAACGAUCAAUGCCUGUGGUCGGACAUUACUUGACACGAUGAAUCAAGUCCUGGAUUAUACUAAACUGGUUUCCCUGGAGAAGGACCUCCGGCAUUUGAAGAGAAACAUGACCUCCCAUGUCGAUAUCAAAAGUCUACAACGGUUUGCGGGUCACUUGGACGCAUACACAUCUACGGAUCUCUCACUUCUCUCUGAAGAGGUUGUGGACGGGGUGUGUCUGGGCCAUUCAUAUAGCCAGCGGCCCGCAGCCUUCCUUGACGCAACAGGCGCCCACUUGACCAACUCCAAAGAAUCGGAAGUUGAUAUUCCUGAAUUGCACGUGGACGUCACACUGGAUAUAACGCAGCAAGAUUGGGUCUAUCACAUGCCGCCUGGUGCCUUUCGACGAAUCAUCAUGAACCUACUUAGCAAUGCCGUCAAGUACACGGAUUCAGGCCGUGUCUCGCUUUCCCUCGAAGCCAAGGAAGCCCCGGAGAGUCGGUAUCUUCAUACUGGCACCCGGGAAGAUCUGAUCACCCUGGCAGUCUCUGACACUGGCAGGGGUAUGUCUGCAGAUUUCCAGCGGGGCAAGCUGUUUGUGCCAUUUUCCCAGGAAAACAGUCUCGCUGAAGGAACAGGCCUGGGUCUCUCCAUUGUUCGCAGCCUGGUCAAGUCUUUGAGCGGUACAAUCAAUGUCGACAGUCGUCCAGGAGAAGGUACAACCUUCAAAGUGACAAUCCCACUGGCUCGUCACGACCAAGAAGAUUUCAACAGCAUUCCAGGUGCCUUACCCUCGCCUCCACGAGAGGAUUCAGACUUCACCACGAACGAAAUUAGUCUUCUGCGAGAUACACACGCCGGUCGAAAAGUCGCCAUUCUAGGCUUUGAGCCCAAUGACGCACGCAAACAUCCUUUCUGGGGAACCAUCUCUCGCUAUCUGAUCGACUGGUACGGGCUGGACCUAAUCUCGCCGUCAUCUGAUACAGAGAUCGAUAUCAUUCUGGCUGACAGGCCACCACUGAAGAUAGCUUCAGAGUGUUUCGCGGACAGGAAUCAAGCUGUGCUGGUUGUAAGCAGCAAGUACGUCGGCCACGAGUCCGUUCGAGCAGAGUGGUCUCCAUUCACCAAGAUGGUGAAUGUAAUCAGUCGACCAUGCGGCCCUCACAAGCUUGCUCGGUUCCUGCAAAAAUGCUUCGAUAAAGAUGGGACUACUUCAGACUUGGACCCCAUCGCCCCUUUGAACCCCAACCCCGAAUACCCAUCAGCGCCUGCUGAAAAUGCCAUUCCUCCUGAACAUCAUACCCAUGACAACGACAAACCUCCGACUCCCAACACUUCAAAUUCUCCCCCCGAAAAAGUCGACCCCCUCCCACCCACCGAAACCACCACACCUGAACCUCGCAAACCACGCGUCCUAGUGGUCGAAGAUAACAAAAUCAACCUAAACCUCAUGCUCGCCUUCCUCAAAAAGCAAAGACUGGUAACCCUCGACUCAGCCGAAAACGGUCAGCUUGCUGUCAACGCAGUCGACCAAUUAAAAGAGAACUAUGAUAUUAUUUUCAUGGAUAUCUCCAUGCCAGUGAUGGAUGGCUUUGACGCCACGCGAGCUAUCCGAAAUCUGGAAAAACAGCGCGGUGUAGAUUCGACUACGUCUACCAUUAUUGCGCUUACGGGACUGAGUGGCUCGAAUGAUGAACUUGAAGCCCUGGGUGCGGGGAUGGAUCUGUUCCUUACUAAACCUGUCACUAUGAAGAAUGUUUCGAAGAUCUUGGAUCAGUGGUCUGAUCGAGGGUUGAAGGAUGGUUGA